UAAACAAAAACAAGACGAAACAACUCAUCUAUAAAAUGUAAUGCGGAAGAUCUAGAAAAUACAAUGUCAUGCAUUUGAAUUAGUUUUCAGCUACCUUAAGACCAGUUCGCUGGUCUACUAGGAAGUAGGAUAUCACGAUACUGUAAUGUAUAUCUCAAGUACAUCGAUAUAGGUAUGACCACUUCUCGUAUGCUUUGUUAGGCAGUGUAUUUAUCGCUAUAAAACAUGACCUAUUAUUCGGCUGAAAACUUCCCCUUGAAAAACCAAUCGGUGGCUUGCGUCAACUUCCUGGUUAUUUUUAGUUGUGCCACGCAGAUAAUCACAAUCUAUUUGUACUUAGAGUGUAUCGACGCACAAUCGUUUGUUGAAAUCUGGUUAACACAACAUAUCACCUGUGAAGUACUGCUGUUUACAUUGGUGUUGCAGACGGAUGUAGGGUGACCAUCGUCUAGACGUCCAGUAGUACAUUGAAGAGACAUCACCAUGAAGACCCACUGCACGAUCCUGCACGCCGAUGACGCCAGUCAGUGGUGCACGUAUGUCAAGAAGCUGUUCGCCAAAGACAUGCGACAGAAUCUGAGCAUCGACAGCAUCAACAUCGACGAGCUGGAAUACGAAAACCCGCCACAGGUAGAGCUGGCCGUGCGCAACUCCUACCUCGUUAUCGUCCUCACAUCGCCGGACAUGACGACGUUCAUCCUCGACAAAGCAUCGUGGUUUCUGCCUCUCGUGAGCAACAUCUCUCAAGGGACAUCACUGGCGAUACUUUUGUGUUACGUCAGUGUCGAAGACUUUAAGAAUUCCAUAAAGGACACUUACGGUGUUUUAGUAGACAAGAGGUGUGACGUGAUUGCCAACGAUCCGAAGGAAAACAGGAUCAUUGUGGCGGAGUAUAUCGAUAUUAUUGACAAAAAUGAACAGCAAACGAGAAGACCAACGCCCAAAAAGAGAAAGGAACGCUUAUCUCCACAGCAGACGUCCAUCGUGAAGGAAGUAUCUCCAAACAAAGUCUACCGGGCAAAAGAACACGUCAUUGUGGCCUGUUCCACUCCGCUAGAAGGUACGCUGCAGGUGGGAUUUGUAGGAGACUCAGAAGUAUUCCACACCAAAUCUCUGAAUCCAUAUACAUUCCGAUUCAAAACUCCAAACAAACCUCCAGGUUCGUACAAACUCCAAGUAUUUCAAGAUGGAAAGGAAAUCCACCAGCAGCCAUUUUACUACAUGUCUCCACAUGAAAGCGCUUUUCAAAGUGCCAGCUAUCUGCAGCAGGUGUUCAAGGUGAAGGACACUGAAGGGUUAGACCACGCCUUGGUAGACAUCAUGGAGCGGAGUUUGUCCGAAGACGGCAGCUUGACGUUUCUGUUUCAAAAAAUACAAAACUGUGUAUUAGAAGGAACAACUAAAAGUGCAGCUGAAAUUCCAACUCUACUUCAUUUUGCUGCUGCUAAUGGUUUGUCGGAAUUCUGUGCAUUGUUGCUCGACGUUCCUGGAUCGGUUGUGGCUUUCCAGAUAGAAAAUAACUCCGGAUUAAAUCCUUCAGAGCUGGCAGAUAGCAGGGGACAUCAUGAGCUAGCGGAGUUCAUUCGAGAUUUCAUGGAAACGAAGGCCGUUUUGACGACGUGCGACAUGUACAUUAGAAUGGCACAUGGGAAUGAUGGCGAUCAAAUUGAAUCUAAUUACAUUGCUAUGGGUGGCAUCGUACAAGACGGUGGUAACAUGGAAGAACCUUACAGUACAGCGGAAGACAUCAGACUGGCCAAACACAACACUCGUCUAACUCCAGCGCGGACAGCUCCGGAAAAACCUAAGCCACAUCUACCUCCAAUUCCUUCUCGUGCGCGAACCAACUCAGCUACCACAGAGCCAGUAGUAGUACGACCGGGUCCCGAAGAAAUCGCAGGUGACACAUUAUUAAAGUCUCAACGAGCUGCUGAUUUCAUGGGCAUGUCCAAGCAAAAUGGUACUACAAAUUCUGCAGCAUUCGGGAAGUCGAAUCAAGAAGAAUUAAUUCAAAUUAUGGAGUCUGUGAAAAAGGGAGACUUCAACACAGAUGAUGCGCUUAAGCUGUUCAGUGACUGGAAAGAAAAAAAUAAGGGAGAAGAAUCAAAUUCGUUCAAGAAAAAGAAGGAAAACCUGAAACAAAUGCGUAAAAACUACUCGAAAAUCUGGCUUGCCACAGAAACAACAGCUGAUGAGGUUUACAACCGAACUGGGGGAAACCUGCUUCAGCGAAUGCUUUCAAAGAAAGGCACCAAGAAACGACAACCACGAAUAUCGGAACCGUAUCAAACCAGAUCACCAAAUUCGUUAAUAUCAAUACGCGAGUCUGAAAGAUUCAGUUCGUCCAGUAAUUCCUCGCGUGAUAGCAAUGCUAGUGGUGCUGAUGUGUUUUACAGUGACAAUGACCACAGUGAUGAUGACCCAGCAGUCGUGGUUAGAAGAUCAUCAGCUGCCAGUAGAAUGAACGAUAAGAGAAAUUCUCGCAUGAUCAUGUUCCUCGAGUCAACAGAAAACCUAGAUGGAGAAUGUCCACCCCUGCCUCCUAGAACAUACACACGACGACAGUGACUCGACAUGUUUUACUGCUAUUAUACAACGACCUCAUACCAAGUCCACUGUUAGUAAAUAACGAGCUGAUAUCAAGUUGACAUAUGUCUUAUUGUUAGUAAACAACGAGCUGAUAUCAAGGUGACAUAUGUCUUAUUGUUAGUAAACAACGAGCUCAUAUCAAGUCGACAUAUGUCUCACUGCUAUUAAAUAACGAGCUCAUAUCAAUUUGACACAUGUCUCACUUUUAGUAAAUAAUGAGGUGAUAUCAAGUCGACAUGUUUCGCUGUUAUUAAAUAAUGAUCUGAUGUCAAGUCGACAUAUAUCCCAUUGUUAGUAGGAAUGAGCUUAUAUAAACUCGACAUAACGUGUUGUUACUGACCGAGUUAAUAUCGGCACGAUUUUUGUCCUACUGUUAAUAUAAAAUGGGUGAAUAUCGACUCAACAUAGCCAACUGUGAUAGGACAGGUACAUGUAUGUUUCUACUAAAAGACAUUAACAUUUUAUAAGUUUGGCAUGAAUGGACAAUUUUUGUAUUGUUAAACGUUCAAACACCAACAGUAUUAUACAGAAAUCCACAUGUGUGUGUCCUUGUGUGGG